AUGGAACGCAACGAUAACUACCGUGACAGACAAGGCCGUCGCGACUACGUUUAUAGGCAGCGGCAGUAUAACAAAUACGACGAUGAUCGCGAGGAGCCGGUACCUGAAGAUCCUCGUGUGGACAGAAACGAUGAUGAUGGCUGGGCUGAAAUGGACUACCAAGCAGUUGGCUAUCAUCAUGACCAGCAGGACCAGCACCAACACAAACACAAUCGUCAUUACAAUCGACCAUACAAUCGUGGUGGCUACCGUGCACGAAACCGCGGAUAUUUCAAUAAUCGUCAAAAUCACUACAAUCGUGAUGAUGGUCGCCGAGACAUUCAGGAAGAUGAAAGAGGUGAUCGCGACAGUGGUGAUAAUAAGGACAUGGAUGUCAACCCUCGAAACAAUGAUCGUGGUUUCUAUAGGCAAGGCGGUGCCAAAAACUAUGACAACAAUAGAGGCAUCGAUCACGAUCGCGAAAAGCACUCAGAGAAAAGUCGUGUUUUCUACAAUAGCAACAAGAAUCUGUAUUCAGACCGACGGCGUCGUGGAUCGAAUUCUAAUUACAAUUAA